CCUGCUGCCGUUGUCGCCGCCGCCGCCGCCGCCGCCGCUGUCGGGGCUGGAUGGGGGGCCGAGGCCAGCUAGGGGCACCCAGAAAGGAGAGACGCGGCGGCGGCGACGCCGACACCCGCACGACGAGCGCCCCGAGGUGCCCGCCAGCUCCACAGGAAGGCGGCGAGGCCCGGGCCCGGCCGCCCCGCGGGUAGAGACGCCGCCGGCCCCUCGCCGCGCCAUGUUCAAGAAGCUGAAGCAGAAGAUCAGCGAGGAGCAGCAGCAGCUGCAGCAGGCGAUAGCCCCUGCUCAGGCUUCCUCCAGCUCUUCAACACCAACAAGGCCUAGAAGCAGGACAUCUUCAUUUCCAGAGCAGCUUGAUGAUGUGACACCCAACAGAGAGCUCCUAGCCGGGAUGGUAGCAGAGCCUGCCUUUCUCUCUGAAUACACUAUCUUUGCUUUGGAUUCCUUCAAACAGCCCAAAACACAGACUGGCAGUGUGAAUGCAUCAAUUCAAGCAACAAAAUCCCCAGAUGGUGUUAAUAAAGAUGAAUCACCCCCUUCUCAGUCGGGUGACACACAGACUUUUGCACAGAAGCUCCAGCUCCGAGUACCUUCCAUGGAGUCUCUGUUUCGAAGUCCCAUAAAGGAAUCCCUGUUUCGGUCUUCUAAAGAGUCUUUGGUCCGGACAUCUUCCAGAGAGUCCCUGAGCCAACUUGACCUGGAUUGUUCUGCUGCCACCUUUGAUCCCCCUUCUGAUAUGGAGAGCGAGGCUGAAGACGCACCAUGGAAUUCAGACAGUCUCAACAGAGAGCAGCUGCUUCAGCGGCUGCGCAGAAUGGAACGAAGCCUAAGUAGCUACCGAGGGAAGUACUCGGAGCUCGUCACAGCGUUUCAGACUCUUCAGAGAGAGAAGAAAAAGCUACAAGGUAUAUUGAGUCAGAGUCAAGAUAAAUCACUUCGGAGAAUUUCAGAAUUAAGAGAGGAGCUGCAAAUGGACCAGCAAGCAAAGAAACAUCUUCAGGAAGAGUUUGAUGCAUGUUUGGAGGAGAAAGAUCAGUAUAUCAAUGUUCUCCAGACUCAGGUCUCUCUUCUAAAGCAGCGAUUACAGAAUGGCCCAAUGAAUGCUGAUGCUCCCAAACCCCUCCCUCCAGAGGAGCUCCAGGCAGAAGUACACAGUGACAUGGAUAGGACGGAGGAGCAGAUGGAGGGCGUCAGGGAACCAGUGGGAGGUGGGACUUCGACUAAAACCCUGGAAAUGCUCCAGCAAAGAGUGAAACGUCAGGAGAAUCUGCUUCAGCGCUGUAAGGAGACAAUUGGGUCCCACAAGGAGCAGUGCUCACUGCUGCUGAGCGAGAAGGAGGCACUGCAGGAGCAGUUGGAUGAAAGGCUGCAGGAGCUGGAGAAGAUGAAGGAGCUUCAUAUGGCUGAGAAGACUAAACUUAUCACUCAGUUGCGUGAUGCAAAGAACUUAAUUGAACAGCUUGAACAAGAUAAGGGAAUGGUAAUAACAGAGACGAAGCGGCAAAUGCUUGAGACCCUGGAACUGAAAGAAGAUGAAAUUGCUCAGCUUCGUAGUCAUAUCAAACAGAUGACUACCCAGGGAGAGGAACUGCGGGAACAGAAAGAAAAGUCUGAAAGAGCUGCCUUGUAUGAACAGGACUGGGCUUUUGAGGAACUCGAAAAAGCUUUGAGUACAGCCCAAAAAACUGAAGAUGCACAGAGAAGAAUGAAGGUGGAGAUGGAUGAACAGAUAAAGGCUGUUGAGAGAGCGGGCGAGGAGGAGCGCGUCCGCCUUCAGCAUGAGCUGAGCCGGGUGAGGCAGGAGGCUGCCAGCAUGGCGAAGUUACGUGGCUUUUCUGGCAGUUUCCAUUACCUUUCGGCUUGUUUUCAGAAGAAUUCAGAAGAACAAGCUGCUGCACUUCAGAAGCUGCAUGCAGAAGAGCUCGCCAGCAAAGAGCAGGAGCUGAGCAGGAGGCUUGAGGCCCGGGAAAGGGAGCUGCAGGAGCAGAUGAGAAUAGCUCUCGAAAAGAGUCGAUCAGAAUAUUUGAAGCUUACCCAAGAAAAAGAGCAGCAAGAAUCCUUGGCUUUAGAAGAGUUAGAGCUGCAGAAAAAAGCCAUCCUUAAAGAGAAUGAAAAUAAACUCCAGGAACUUGGGAAAGAAGCAGAGGCUUACCGAACCAGAAUUCUUGAAUUGGAAACCUCUUUGGAAAAAAGUUUACAAGAAAGCAAAACUCAGUCAGAACAUCUGGCUGUUCAUCUGGAAGCUGAGAAGAAUAAGCACAAUAAAGAACUCACGGCCCUGGCUGAGCAGCACAGGACAGAAGUGGAGGUCCUCCAGCAGCAGCAGGACAGCCUGUGGACUGAGAGACUCCAGAGCCUCUCGCAGCAGCAUCAGGCUGCUGUGGAGGAGCUCAGAGAGAAGUAUCAGCAAGAGAAAGAUGCACUACUGAAGGAGAAGGAGAGUCUUUUCCAGGCUCACAUACAAGACAUGAAUGCAAAGACCCUGGAGAAGCUUGAGAAGAAGCAAAUGGAACUGGAAUCUGUCUCUUCUGAGCUGUCAGAAGCACUGAGCGCUCGGGACCAGCUUGCAGAGGAGCUUUCUGUCCUAAGGGGUGAUGCAGAUAAAAUGAAGCAGGCUUUAGAGGCCGAGCUGGAGGAGCAGCGGCGUCACCACCAGCGUGAGGUUGGCAGCAUCAGUGAGCAACAAGAACUAACCAUCCGCAGAACUGAGAAGGCAUUGAAAGAUGAGAUCAGUCGGCUAGGGGGUCUCCUGGAGGAGAAGGACGAGCACCUGAAAGAGCGGCAGGCCCGGGUACAAGAUCUUGAAGCUCAUCUUCAAAAGUCUGCCGGGGAGCUCCAGCAGGCCGUCGCCAAGCUGGAUCUCCUGCACUCUCAGCAGAGCACUGCACGUGAGCAGACAGGCGCCUAUGAGGAGCAGCUGGCCCAAAUGCAGCAAAAGGUGUUAGAGCUGGAAACAGAGAAGAACCUGCUUACCAAGCAGGUAGUGGAAAUGGAAACACACAAAAAGCGUGUGUGUGUGGAGUUAGACGCUCAGAGAGCUCAAGUGCAGCAGCUGGAGAGGCAGAAGAGUGAGCUGGAGGAGAAGGUCAGGUCGCUAGCCCAGCUCCAGGACUCCCAGCUCAAGAACAGUAACGUGGAGAAGGAGCAGGCUCAGCACAGCCUGGUGGAAAAGGAAAAUGUCAUUUUACAGAUGAAAGAGGAGCAGGCCAAGGAAAUCGAGAUCCUCAAACAGAAAUUGUCUUCUAAAGAAGAGAGCAUUAGUAUUUUGCAUGAGGAAUAUGAAACCAAAUUUAAAAAUCAGGAAAGAAGAAUGGAAAAAAUUAAGCAGAAAGCAAAAGAAAUGCAAGAAACAAAGAAAAAGUUGUUGGAUCAGGAAGCCAAACUUAAAAAGGAGCUUGAAAAUACUGUCCUAGAACUUAGUCAGAAAGAGAAACAGUUCAAUGCCCAGAUCCUGGAAAUGGCACAGGCUAACUCAGCUGGAAUCAGCGACACGGUGUCAAGACUAGAGGAGAACCAGAGGCAACAGAUAGAAAGCCUGACCGGGGCUCAUCAGCGAAAACUUGAUGAUGUCAUAGAGUCCUGGGAAGAGAAACUCAGUCAGCAAGCUGCAGAGCUUCGGGGCAAGCAUGAAGAGCAGAUAGAGGAGAAGGAGCAGGAGCUGGGGGAGCUGAGGCGGAAGAUCCUCAUAGUCCAGUCGGAAAAAGAGGAGGUGACUAAGGAGGUGGUGCGACUGAAAGAGGCGGUCACUGGGCAGGACAUGGCACUAGCUGGCCUGCAGGGACAGCUGGAGCAGAAGUCUGCUGUCAUUGUUUCCCUUUCAGAGCGUGAAUCUCAGUUGCAGUCACAAGUGGCAAAGCUGGAAGCUGAUUUGGGUUGUUCUCUGAAUGAAAAGCUUUCUCUUCAAGAAGAGCUGGCUGAGCUGAAACUGCUGGCAGAGAAGAGUCAGCUGAGGGUCUCUGAGCUGACAGGCCAGGUGCAGGCUGCAGAGAGGGAGCUCCAGAGCUGUAAGUCUCUACAUGAGAUCAGCAAGAAGAGCUUGGAGGACAAGAGCUUGAACCUCAAAAGCUUGCUUGAGGAGCUAGCAUCUCAGCUAGACAGUCGCUGCGAGAGAACUAAAGCUUUGUUAGAAGCCAAGACGAACGAACUAGUCUGCACCAGCCGUGACAAAGCUGACACUAUUCUUGCUAGGCUGUCCCGCUGCCAGCACCACACAGCCACAGUUAGGGAGGCGCUGCUCAGGAGAAUGGGCCAGGUUUCUGAGUUAGAAGCACAGCUUACACAGCUGACCGAGGAGCAGUGCACACUAAAGAGCUCCUUUCAGCAGGUUACCAGUCAGCUGGAAGAAAAAGAGAGCCAGGUUAAGGCCAUGAAGGCUGACAUUGAAGGGCUUCUCACAGAAAAGGAAGCCUUACAGAAAGAAGGAGGUCAGCAGCAGCAGGCGGCCUCUGAGAAGGAGUCCUGCAUCACACAGCUCAAGAAGGAGUUAGCAGAAAACAUCAAUGCCGUCACACUGCUGAGAGAAGAACUGUCGGAGAAGAAGGCUGAGCUCGCCAAUCUUAGCAAGCAGUUAAAUGAUCUCAGUGCUCAGCUGGAGAGCAGCAUCAGCCCGAGUGACAAGGCCGAAGCCAUCGCUGCCCUGAGUAGGCAGCAUGAGGAACAAGAGCUGCAGCUGCAAGCUCAGCUUCAGGAGCUGUCUCUGAAAGUCGAUGCUCUGAGUAAGGAGAAAAUGUCUGCCCUUGAACAGGUAGAUCAUUGGUCCAGCAAGUUCUCAGAGUGGAAGAAAAAAGCACAGUCCAGAUUUGCACAGCACCAAAGCACUAUUAAAGACUUGCAGGCACAACUAGACUUAAAAGCCACAGACACUAGUGAGAAGGAGGAACAGAUACGUUUACUCAAGGAAGACCUUGAUCGGCAGAAUAAAAGGUUUGAAUGUUUAAAAGGCGAGAUGGAAGACAGGAAGAGCAAGAUGGAGAAAAAGGAGUGUGACUUAGAGACUGCGUUAAAGACUCAGACAGCAAGGGUUGUUGAAUUAGAAGACUGUAUUACUCAGAGGAAAAAAGAAGUUGAGUCCCUAAAUGAAACACUUAAGAAUUACAACCAACAGAGGGACACUGAGCACAACGGAUUGGUUCAGAGACUUCAGCACUUGGAAGAGUUGGGAGAAGAGAAAGACAACAAGGUCAGGGAGGCUGAAGAGACAGUCCUGAGACUACGAGAGCACGUGUCCUCGCUGGAAGCUGAACUUGGAGCUGUGAAGAAGGAACUAGAACAUGUGAAUUCAAGUGUGAAAAGCAGAGAUGGGGAGUUGAAAGCUUUAGAAGACAAACUUGAGUUAGAAAGUGCUGCAAAAGUGGAGCUGAAGAGGAAGGCUGAGCAGAAGAUCGCUGCCAUCAGGAAGCAGCUCUUGUCUCAGAUGGAAGAGAAAACACAGCAGUAUGCGAAGGACACAGAAAGCCUAUUGAGUGAGCUAAGGGCACAAUUAAAAGAAAGAGAAGAGCAAAUUCACAUCCUAGAAGACAAACUUAAAAACCUUGAGAGUUCUCCACAACCAGAAAUGCCAGUAGUGUCCAGAUCUAUGGGAAGCGUGGCAGCGUCUCCCGAGCAAGAAGCAGCAGAUUCCCAAGACUGCACACAGAAGGCGUGUAAAGAAAGACUCUGCAUGCUACAAAGACGUUUAAUUGAAAAAGAGAAACUGCUGUGCAGGCUGGAGCAGGGCGAAGGGGAGGCGAGGCCAUCGCAGCCUGAGGCUCAGCACAGGGCGCUCUCUGGAAAGUCAGACUGCACCAGAGCCAGGCAGCUCGAAGAUCACGUUUUGAUAGGAUGUCUUCCAGAAGAACUUGAAGAAAAGAUGAAGUGUUCCUUAAUUGUGUCCCAGCCCAUGGGAGAAGAAACUGGUAAAAACAACACAGGGGUGAAGCAGAAUUGGGCAAGUGUGGUUGACAGUGUCCAGAAAACCCUCCAGGAAAAGGAGCUCACCUGCCAGGCCCUGGAGGAAAGGGUGAAAGAGCUGGAGUCAGACUUAGUAAGAGAGAGGGGCGCCCAUAAACUUGAAGUGGAAAAGUUGGCCUUAAAAUAUGAAAAAUCGCAAUUUUCACAGCAAGAAAUGGAUGGGAAAAAUAAAUCUGUAGAAAUGUUGGAAGACAGGCCUGAGGAAAAUUCCAAAUCACAUGUGAUCCAGUCAAACUUGGAGACUACCAUGGAUGGCCUGCACAGUGACCUGGAGUCAAAGUUAGCAGGGGCAGAGCAGGAAAAGCAGAAGCUGAGCAAGGAGGUGAUGAGGCUGAAGAAAGACCUGCGAGCUCUUCGGAGGGAGCAUCAGCAGGAGCUGGACAUCCUGAAGAGAGAGUGUGAGCAGGAAGCAGAGGAAAAGCUCAAACAGGAGCAAGAGGAUCUUGAGUUGAAGCAUACUUCCACACUGAAGCAGCUGAUGCGGGAGUUUAACACGCAGCUGGCAAAGAAGGAGCAGGAGCUGGAAAGAACUGUCCAGGAGACCAUUGAUAAGGCCCAAGAGGUGGAAGCCGAACUUCUGGAAAGCCACCAAGAAGAGACACAGCAGCUGCAUAGAAAGAUCGCGGAAAAAGAGGAUGAUCUGAAAAGGACAGCCAGGAGAUACGAGGAGAUACUCGAUGCCCGUGAAGAAGAAAUGACUGGCAGAGUGACAGACCUGCAGACCCAGCUCGAGGAGCUCCAGAAGAAAUACCAGCAGAGGCUGGAGCAGGAGGAGAGCACCAAGGACAGUGUAACAAUUAUGGAGCUACAGACACAGCUAGCGCAGAAGACCACUCUGAUCAGCGACUCCAAGCUGAAGGAGCAGGAGUUGAGAGAACAGGUCCAUAAUUUAGAAGACCGUUUGAAAAGAUAUGAAAAGAAUGUAUGUGCAGCAACUGUGGGGACACCUUACAAAGGUGGCAAUUUGUACCACACUGAGGUCUCACUCUUCGGAGAACCUACUGAGUUUGAGUAUUUGCGAAAAGUGCUGUUUGAAUAUAUGAUGGGUCGCGAGACUAAGACCAUGGCCAAAGUUAUAACCACUGUCCUGAAAUUUCCUGAUGAUCAGGCUCAGAAAAUUUUGGAAAGAGAAGAUGCUCGUCUGAUGUCAUGGCUCCGAACCUCAUCUUGAAGAAAUGGAGAGAGUGAGGCUGGGCAGCCGCUGCCUGGGAAGCUGUCCACCUGUGGGGUUUUUAGAGAAUGGCGCUGUCACACAGGCCAUUUGUGUAGCUUGACGGCGAUGCUGCCCUGGCCACAGAUACAUUGCUGUGGAAGCAGACGGUGCCGGUGGUGGCGAGGUGCUGGUGGUUUUGUCCUUUUUUAUUCCGGUUUUUCUUGGGAAGUUUUCUGUGGUUUCAAGGCUGCUCUGACUGGCCCCACCUGGCUUGGCUCUUCAGUGUCUUUUUCUUGUGUUCUCCCUCUCUUUAAAGAACUGUCCAUCUUCCUUAUUUAUUUUAGGGUGGUUUCUUUUUCUUCCUAAAGACUUGUGCAAUACAUUUUGAGGUGAAACUUAGUGAAUUUUUUUCUGAUAAAUUAGAGAAUUUAAUUGACUGUUUCACAGAUGAUUUUUUGAAUAUUUGCUAAAGCCUAAUUCUUUAUGCUAUGAUAAGUCCCAAAUGGCAGUACCUCAUGUUUACCUAGCUUUGGGACUUAUAUUAUUUUUCAGAGGAAAAAAAUACUACUGUAAAUUGUAAAUAGUACAUAAUCCUAUUGUCUGCAGCUCUGUGACUGUUGGCCAUGUCAUCUCAGAGGAUCAGAUAAAUAAAGUUUA